AGGUGUGUAUGGUGGUCUGUUGCUGCCAUCCCCACUCCUGCCUAAGCCGCUGGACUAUGCGGCCACGAUUCCUUUAGCACCUGUAUGGUCACAUGCGGUGCCCCCGCCAUGUCCCGCUGAAGGCGGUUCUCUUUCAGGAGAUCGCAGCGACGCUUGGCGUUGUCCAACCGUUUCACGCCCAUGAGUCAUCGCCGCGGCGGCGGGUUCGUUUGCGGUGCCGCCUCAGGCUCCCUUUGUCCAACCGUUUUACGCCCACGAGUCAUCGGCGUGGCGGCGGGUUCGUUUGCGGUGCCGCCUCAGGCUCCCUUUGUCGCUCCUGAUUCCACACCUCCGGUUGACGAUGUGGAUAGCUCUGCGGCAGUCGGCGGCAAGCUGUGUUCGGGCGGCAGUAGCAACGUGCGUGUGUGUGUGUGGAACGCGUGUCGGAGACGGUUGUACGCUCUCCGCGACGCUAUGGCCGGUGUGGAUGAGCAUCGCGGACCGGUCAGCGACGUUAUUGAUCGGCUGCUCCACUUGUUGUUGCCAGCCAUCCGUGCGGAGUUUGGUGUCGAGGUAGCAGAUGUGAUUUCUUCUUCGUUGCCAUCUCGGUUGUGCGGUCGAGAUUUCACGUUGCGUUAUAUGCCAAGCGAUUCCGGUGUUGACUAUGGUCAGGGGGGUUCGCAAGGUUCAGCGAGCGGAGGGUUGGGAGAGUCUCAUGACGGAUCGCAGAACUCGUUCCCGUUAUCGCGUCGCGCAUCGCAGCGCAGUGACAGAGGGCGAGGCAGACCCCACAGCACGGGUCGCUGCACACCGACACCCGCCCGGCCGCAAACAUGGUGGGAUAGUUGGGAAGGUGUUGACCAGUGCGGUUCUCGGCCAGAAAUUGGCCGUGCCAGUGUUGAGGAGGCGAUGGUGUUGUGGAGUGGACCGACGACGCCGGAUGUUGUGUUUCUGGAGCCGGUCAAGCUUCUUCAAUUGCUGGCCAUGUUUCAUCUAUAUUGCCCGUGGCACAAGGACUCGUGCCGUGUGUCUGUGGAGUCUGUCUCCUAUCCUGCGCAACUCUGUAAGCUGACGUUCGUAUGCGACAAGAAAUACAAAUGGACGUGGCACACGGCACUCGUCACCACGAACGUAUAUCAGUCGCGACUGAUGCAGCAGCUCUUUCAUGCGACGGUCACCACCGGCCUUACGUUCACGCUCCUCGACAACUUUUAUGUUGGUUUAGGGAUGAUGUGCUCGGUGCACAAACCCACAUUCUAUAAGUUUAUGCACACAGAACCGGGGGGGGCGGAGGGGUGGAAUGCCAAGGUCGUACGGCAGGGCAUAAAAUAUUGUGAACUUGCCAUUGACACUGUGAUGCGCCGUGGUGAGCCAGUGACAUUGAUGGUUGGUGGUCGAUAUGACUCUGCUAGAGGCGCGCAGCAUUGCACUGUCAUCGCGAUGGAGUACGAGACUCGGCUUGUUGUAGGUGUUCACACUCUCCGUCCGAAGAUUGAAGGCAAGGCAUCGAAUGCGCUUGAGGUGCCAGCCCUCGUGCAACUUUUGCGAGGGCUAAUGGAGAAGGGGUUGAAGGUCCGGUGCGUUGUCUCGGAUGAUUGUGCCGCGCUAGGACCGCGGUUGCGAGCUAUGAACAUCGAGUGGCAGAAGGAUUGCCACCACAAAAUUAAAAACAUUCGAAAGCACUUCCAUAGUACGUUGCAACUGAAGGAAGUAAACAAAGUGAGCAACCCGCACGAGUGUGUGUCAGAGGCGCAGUUUAUGCAGUUCACAAAGAAGCGGCUAAAGGAGGUGUUGGAGCAGCGUUUCGGACCUGACGUCCUCACACCUGCUGAGGAGCGGAUGAAGAAAUCGGAUUUCGUCGCUGUCGUCAUGCGAAAAAUGUACCCCUACGGAUCAAGGUCGAACGCUCGAGCGUUGGAGACUGAUCCACCCGGCCUAACAGAGUAUCAUGCGCAUGAGGUUGGGAUGUGGUUCCUCCGUGCUUGCCAGCUGUGCAGCGAGGAGGACGGAGACGCUGACAGUCUACACCGCGACAUCAUGUUGGUCGUCAAUCAUUGGGCUGGUGAUCAUUCGGGAUGUGUCGACGGUAGGGAGGUUCUGUGCGAGAAGGUCGGUGGGCGUGCACGAUUGCCUUUGUAUAGCCGCACGGACACAGUCUACGAGCUCGUUCUGCGUGUUCUCGAUAAACAAUGCAGCACUAACAUCACGCCGUACUACAUCGAGUUUCGGCACACAUCGGCAGUGGAGACUUUUCAGGGCACCAUCAUCAUCUAUGCGAAGAAGUUGGUGCAUUUCGGGAAGUCUUACUGUGCACGUUUGUCGAUCGCAGUGAUUCGGGGGAACAGUCACUGCUGGCGCGACCUGGUCGGGUAUGUUGCUCGCAUAGCUGCGGGCACUUCCAUACGUGCGAGACCAGGCUUCCGUCGACACUACGGUCACGAGGCGAUCGACUGUUGGGAGGACAGAUUGGCGGCGUCCGUGUUCGGUUCGGCUCAUGUUUCAAACUGGGCUCGAGAGCUUCUGCGACAGGAGGUUUGUCCUUAUGGAGCCGGACCAUUGCCGCGUGAUUUGUUCGUCAACGGUGGGCGCGACCCAGUAGAAGUCGUUGAUGAUGCUGCCUCCGGUUCUGACCAUGAGGCGGUGGGGGAGAACCGUGUUUUCAUCAUCAGUUACGUGGAGGACGAUGCGGUGCCUGCAUGUGAUGAUUGGGUCCAGACAUCGAGCUCCGAAUCUGAGGGUGACGAUAUAGAGUUAUUCAGCGUUUGACUGGUUGAAUGGCUUUAUCG